CUUCGUCCUCUCGUUUCAUUUCGUGUCUCUCUCGCGCUCUGAAAGAUUGAUUUCGCAUAAAUCCGUCAUGUCUUCCGGCGUAAAUUCAAGUGGCUCCGCCGCAGCAUCAGCAGCGGCCGACAAGAUGUUCUUCUGUUACCAGUGCAAUCGCACUGUCACAAUCUCAAUUUCCUCAUCCGCUGAUCCUUUCUGUCCUAUUUGCAACCAAGGGUUUCUUGAAGAAUACGAAGACCGCAGCCCUAAUCUUCCCCCCAAUUUCAACCUUAACUCUGAUGAUUCCUUUUUCCCCAUGGCUGAUCCUUUCUCGACCUUGCUCCCUCUCUUAUUCGGCUCUUCCGCUGCUUCUCCUUCCGGCAUGGACUUCAUGAGCUCGAGCUUUUUCGGUCCUUCGAUGCAACCACAGGCUCGCUCCACUCAGCAGAUUCCGCAGUCUGACGCGUUUGAUCCGGUUUCGUUUCUCCAGAAUCAUCUCCAGCAUCUGCGAUCUAGCGGUACGCACGUUCAGUUCGUGAUCGAGAAUCAUCCUUCGGAUGCUGCUCAUCGUAUGCCUGGGAAUCUCGGUGACUACUUCUUUGGUCCUGGUCUUGAGCAGUUGAUUCAGCAGCUCGCUGAGAAUGAUCCUAACCGUUACGGAACUCCUCCUGCUUCCAAAUCAGCGAUUGAUGCGCUUCCUACUGUCAAGGUAACUAAGGAUAUGUUGAAAUCGGAGAUGAACCAGUGCGCUGUUUGUAUGGAUGAAUUUGAGGAUGGUAGCGAUGUUAAGCAGAUGCCUUGUAAGCAUGUCUUUCAUCAGGAUUGCUUGCUUCCGUGGCUUCAGUUGCACAACUCGUGUCCUGUAUGCCGAUUUGAGUUGUCGACUGAUGAUCCUGACUAUGAGCACAGGGCUCAGGGAAUUCAGGCGAGUGGGGAUGGACAGGGAUCAAGUGAGGGUCAGCAGACUCCAAGGAGGUUUAGUAUACAACUUCCUUGGCCGUUCAGGAGACAAGAUGGCUCUGGUUCUGAUCCUGGUUCAGGGUCAGGAGCACCUGGUGCCGGCGGAGGUAAUCUUGAGACCAGGGGCGAAGAUUUGGAUUGAGAAUGAGGUCGCCCAGAGUCAUUGCUUGGAAAUUGGAUCAGCAGGAUAUCUCAAGUUAAAAAGAAAAACAAAAAAGUAGUUUCAUUAGGUAAACAGAAGUGACAUUGAGGUCUUACCAUAUUUUGUACAUUUGAAAAAAGUUUUUUUUUUUUUUUGUUUGGAAUUCUUUGUUAUUUUGGGAUUAUAUAACGAAUGUGAGAGUUCUUAAAAUUUGCAAAUUUCUUCAGUCUA